AUGGUCUUCUUCUCAAAUGCUCUCGUACUACUACCUUGUCUGAUUUUUCUGACGCGGAUUGGGUCGACAACUAUGAUGAUCGAACAUCCACAACAGCCUAUGUUGUCUAUCUUGGUGAUAAUCUCAUUUCCUGGAGCUCCUGCAAACAACGAGCCAUUGCUCGCUCAUCCACCAAAUUUGAGUACCGUGCCAUUGCUUGCAUCGCCGUUGAACUUGCUUGGAUCAAAUCCUUGCUUUGCGAACUUAUUGUUAUGCCCUCCUCCAUGCCUGCCAUUUCUUGUGAUAAUAUUGGUGCCACCUUCUACUAUGCCAAUCCUGUUCUCCACUCUCGCAUGA